AUGUGGCACGAGACCUACGAUGAAAUGAUGAAGAUAAUCAUCUCUAUGUUCAGCACUUUCAGUGAAGAGGAUCCAUGUAUGUUCAAGCAGAAGGCAGCACUACCACACCAGGCGAUCAUAAACACCCCUUAUGGGGGUCGGCUUGAAUACAUCCUCCCUAAAGGCAAUCGGAUGAUGGUUCACCUCAAAGACAAGACACUUAUUCGUCACAAAAAAAGAUGGUCUCAGAUAAUGUACUUGUAUUACAUUCUUGGCUGGAGACUUAACAGGCAGUACUUCAAAGAAUUUGAGGCAGGGAAAGAACUGGAUUCCCUUAAGGAGAAAUUAAAGGUUAGUGGACUUUUUCUAGAAAGUAAUACAAUAUCAGCCAGGCUCUUAAUGAUUUACUAUGUUUUCAAUGCUGCUUAGAAAGACCGGGAGAACACAUAUAUUUUGGCCCUGGAUGGAGAUACUGAUUUCCAGCCAUCAGCAGUCAUGUUGUUAAUCGACAGACUUAAACUCUACCCAGAAGUUGGGGCUGCCUGUGGCAGGAUUCAUCCAACAGGCACAGGGCCCAUGGUGUGGUAUCAGAAGUUUGAAUAUGCAGUGGGCCACUGGCUGCAAAAGACUGCAGAGCACGUGUUUGGCUGUGUACUGUGCAGCCCUGGAUGUUUCAGUCUUUUCAGAGGAGCUGCACUCAUGGAUGACAACGUCAUGAAGAGAUACACAACCAAAGCCAGUGAAGCCAGCCACUACGUCCAGUAUGAUCAAGGUGAGGACCGCUGGUUGUGCACUCUGCUGCUGCAGCAGGGGUGGAGGGUGGAGUACAAUGCAGCAUCUGAUGCCUACACCAACGCUCCACAGGACUUUAAAGAGUUUUACAAUCAGCGUAGACGCUGGGGACCCUCUACCAUGGCCAACACCAUCGACCUCUUGGGCUCCGGAGGACUGACCUCUCAGAGGAACAGCUCAAUCUCAAAACCUUACAUCUUGUACCAGAUUAUCAGCAUGGCAGCUUCCAUCCUGGGCCCUGCCACUGUCUGUCUCAUGAUAUCAGGAAGCUUUGUGUUCAUCUUUAAUAUGAAUACAAACAUAGCCCUUGCUUUGGCCAUAGUGCCCCCUACUGUGUACCUCAUCCUGUGCUUCAAACUGAAAUCUGACAUGCAGAUUAAAAUUGCAGCAAUCAUGAGUGUGCUCUAUGCAUUUCUCAUGGCGGGAACAAUUCUCUCAAUCAUAGGUGAUCUAGUGAGGGAACAAACAUUUCUGACCCCCGGUGGUUUGUUCUUCAUCGGUAUGGUGGUUUUGUACCUCAUCACGGCAGCUUUGCACCCUCAGGAGUUCUCACUGGUCAUCUAUGGAUUUUUAUACAUUCUCUGCAUUCCCAGUGGGUAUCUACUCUUAGCUAUUUACUCCAUAGUCAACAUGAACAAUGUCACGUGGGGCACUCGUGAAACCGGCAGCCAGGCUAAAACUACAGCAGUUGAUGCCAUCAAAAAGAAGGUCAAGAAUGCCACAUGUUUCAAAUGUCUAUGCUUGGAAUCUGAUGAUCUGAGUGAGAAGAUAUUACCAGCAGAAAACAUAACAGAAAGGUAA